GGGGUGACCUCACCAUCAAUAAUCGGGAUUGCUCAUCAAUGACCAAGGGGAGGGGCUUGGGAAUAAAAAGAAAAGACACCAGCACCCACCACAACUGAAAUGGUGACCGACACAUGGGGCUUCGUUGGAAAUUGCAACAGCAAAUGACAGUUUUCCAAUAAAAUAUUUCCAGUACCAGCAAUGGAUAAAGCUAUUUUAAUUAUUUUGUUCUGGAGUCUUUGCAGUCUAGUACGUUUGGAAGGGCUGCCAAUCAGUAAGAGGUCCAUCAGUGAAGUCCAGCUGAUGCACAAUGUCGGAGAACACAAACAAGCAGUGGAAAGACAGGACUGGCUUCAAGUAAAGCUGAAGACUGUAAUCAUACCCGGUAUCAAUGACUCACAGAAAGGACAAAAGGGGAAAACCAGGACUCUUUCUUCAGAUUUCCGAGCCUGGAACAGUCCAGUCUGGAUCUCAAGUUAACAAUGGGAACUGCUUCUGUUUUGUCUUACUGUCUUUUUUUUUUUUUUUAAAGCUUAUUGUGUUUUAAUGCCACAGAGAUAAGACAAAUUUUCCUGUCUCUGUGUUAAGUCUUUGUUGAUUAAGUGCACUAAUUCGCCAUUUGUUUUAUUUAUUGUUUUGUAGUAAUUUAUUUCAUAGUUUCAGUGAUAUAACUUGGAAAAUGUUUGACUAGUUGUACAAAUGAGUUCAAAUGUAAAGAGGACAAGGACAAGGAAGGGCACAGCUUCUGCUCUACACUUUCUAUUAGAAUAUGUAACAAAUAUUUUUUAAAAUUAUUUUAUUAUGCAAUGUUGAUGUAGCCCAAAUAAUACUGCUUGUUUUUUAAUUUAUUUAUUCUACAAAUAAUAAAAUAAAUAUAAUA